AUGUUAUAUUCGAAGAGUAAUUUGAAUGUAGGUAUCAUUCCAAAUAGGCAAGAUAAAAUGAAUGGAUCUUAUAUGUACAUAAAAAAAAUAAACAGUGAUACAAUAAUAAAAAAUAUAAAAAAAAAUUAUAAUUUGAACUUAUUUGUAAAUUCACAGGGGAAGGCAUUAUUAAAUAAUAAUAUUGUUAAUAUUCGUAAUGCUGAGCUAGGGAAAUAUGUUUAUAAGAAUGGACUAUAUAUUCAUAAUCCUCUUGAAUUGAAGAAAGACAUAAUAAACGUUGUACAUAAAAAUAAAUAUAUUCAUAAUAUUCCAAGUAAUGACGAGUAUUGUACAUGUAAAACAAAGUCUACAAAUUUUGAAUGUGUUAAUAAAUGUGAACAUUAUAUAAAUAAGGAUAUGAAAUAUAUAGAUGAUAAAAACAUAUCAUAUUUAAAAAACAAUGGAGAUAAUAUAAUUCCUAAUGUAGUGUGUUUAAAUAAUAAUUUAUCAUAUUUAAAUAAGAAUAUAUAUAACAAAAUAUAUAAUAAUAAUGAUAAGCAUAAUUACAAUAAUUCAACUAGCAAAAUUUAUAAGAGUACACAAAAGAAUAUUGCGCAAUAUAAUAUUCAUCCAUUUGUUAAAUAUGAGUUAAAAUGGGAUGUAAAAAAUGAUAUUGCUAGAAAUAAAAAUUAUUUCUUAAUGAGGAAAAUAUCUGAGAAUGAUAAUGAAUAUAUAGAAAAUAAGGAGGAAGAUAAAAAAAAAAAAAAAAAUUAUAUAAUCAAAAGUUAUUAUAAAAAGUUGAAGAACAUUAAAGAAAAUAAUAAAAAUACAAAUAUACAAACAAAUGAUAUAUACACAAUUGGACAGGAAAAAUAUAUUCCAAUAAAUAAUAAACCUAUUUAUAAUUUAUCAUUAAAUAAUAAUUACAUUUCUUAUGAUAACAAACAAUGUUUAUUUCAUAAUAGUCCCUUUUUCUUAAAUACUCAAAUGACCAUGAAUAAUAAUUACAAAGAUAUAAAAUUUAAUAAUAUUGCUAAAAAAAAAAAUUUGCUUUUUCAGUCUUCAGAAAAGAACAAUACAUCAAAUAAAACUGUUACACACAAAAGUAAUUUAGUAAAUAAAAUAAAUAAAAAUAAUACAUAUAAUACAAACAGUACAUAUAAUACAAACAAUACAAAUAAUACAAACAAUGCAAAUAAUACAAACAAUACAAAUAAUACACACAAUACAUAUAAUAAUACAUAUAAUGCAAAUGUUGGAAAAGUAAGUCAUAAACUCUUAGCUGAUCAUAUGUCAAAAGAAAAUCUUAACAAUUUUAAUAAAAAGACAGAAGAAAAAAAAGAAAAAAAAAAAGAAAAAAAGACAGAAGAAGAAGAAGAAGAAGAAGAAAAAAAAAAAAAAAAAAAAAAGAAAUCAAUUAAAAAUUCAUAUCAAAAUAUUCAAAAAAUUCAAAAUAAUAAGGAUAAAAUGUUAAGUCAAAAUGAAAAGAGCAAUAUAUCCAACUUAAAUAAAAUAAAUCAUGUCCUUGUUUUGAAAAAUGUGAACAAAAAGGAAGCAAAUAAAAAUAACAAUCAAGUAAUAAGUGAUAAUAUACAAAAUGAUAAUAAUAUACCAAAUGAUAAUAAUAUACCAAAUGAUAAUAAUAUACAAAAUGAUAGUAAUAUAAUAAAUGUACCGAGUGAGGAAGAUAUUACUAAAGAUGAAUUCUCGAAAGAAUGCAACAAAUUAAAUGACGAAUGUACACAAGAAUGCAACAAAUUAAAUGACGAAUGUACACAAGAAUGCAACAAAUUAAAUGAAAAAUGUACACAAGAAUGCAACAAAUUAAAUGACGAAUGUAUACAAGAAUGCAACAAAUUAAAUGACGAAUGUAUACAAGAAUGUAACAAAUUAAAUGAAAAAUGUAAGGAUGAAAGCAAUUCUUUAAAAAGUGCUUCCAAUAAAGAAAGUGAUAUGGUAAAGGAUAUUUGUAAAAUAGAAAGUCAUGUAAUAUCUGAAGUAUGUAAAAAGGAAAGCGAAAUUAUAAAAGAAGUAUCUAUAACAGAAAGAAAUAUAAUUAAAGAAAUACAUAAUUGUAAUAAUGUUAUAUUGAAAAAAACAAAUAAUAAUAAUAAAGACAUGAAUAUGUUGAAAGAUAAUGAAAAAAAAAAAGAUACAUAUAUUAAGGAAAGCAAAGAAAAAAAGAAUAAUAUUUAUAAUGUAUCUAAAAAAAACAAAAAGAAUGAUUAUAAUAAUAAUAAUAAUAUUAAUUAUGUUCCUCAGGAAAAAUUACAAAUUAUUAAUAACCAAUCCAAGAUAAAUAAAGGUAUAAUAAAUGAUAAUAAAAUAUAUAAGAAAAGUACCAAAAUAGAUUAUAUAUCACCGGAAUAUAUUAGUCAAGUCAUUAAAGAUUAUCAUAAUGAAGAAAGAAAACAAAAAAAAAAUAUAUAUUACGAAAAUGUAAAAGUUGAAAAAGGUACUACUCUAUGUGAUAAAAAGAAGAAUUCCGGUUUGUUGAAUAAAAAUGAAAAAAGAAACAUGUCUCAUAUACAUACAAAGGACUUUUAUAAGUACUGUAAAAAAAAAGAAAGUUCUAUUUCUUGUACAAAUGAACAUAAAGCCAUAAAUGGAGAUUCUAAUUUAAAAAAAAUAAAAAGAGAAGACCAUAAAAAUAAAGAAAAUAUAGAAAGGGAUAUCGAAAUGUCACAAAUUGUAAACAUUGUUGCUGAAGAUAAAUUAGACAAAUGUCAUUUGUCGGAAUUAAUAAAGAUAAUGAAAAAACUAGAAAAGGUUCAUAUGAAAAAAAUGAAUAUAGAUAAUUUAAUAUUAGAAGGGAAUUGUUGGCAAGAUUUUAUAAAAAGUGUAGAAGGAAAAAAUAAAGGUGAAGAUAAAGUAAGAAAUAAAGGUGAAGAUAAAGUAAAAAAUAAAGGUGAGGAUAACGUAAAAUAUAAAGGUGAGGAUAACGUAAAAAAUAAAGGUGAAGAUAAAGUAAAAAUUAAAGGUGAGGAUAACGUAAAAAAUAAAGGUGAGGAUAACGUAAAAAAUAAAGGUGAGGAUAACAUAAAAAAUAAAGGUGAGGAUAACGUAAAAUAUAAAGGAAAAGCAAACGUUAUAUCCCUUUCUAGUAAUAAUUAUAAUGUAGAUAAUAGGAAUAAAAAAAAAUACAGUGAAAUAGUAUAUAAUAAAAAAACGAACUACACUAAAAAUAAAAAGAAUAUUAAUAAUAAGUGUCAUGUGAAUGAUGAGAAUAACAAUGUUUUAUGUAAUGUAGAUGAAAAUAUGAUGUUAUCCAAGAAAAAAGAAAAUUUGAUUGAACUUAAUAAAAGUAAUAGUAACAAGGUUAACAUUAUAAAUAAUAUAAAAAAUUAUAUAGAUGUGUUAAAUUUAACUGUUGAUGAAUUAAUACAUUUAAAAAAUGUAAAAGACAUAUUUUGGUAUCUAUAUAUAAAAUCUAAGUUUGUUAAAAAACAAAAUAUGAAAGAAUUUUGUGAGGUAAUUAAAGAUAAGAUGGAUGAUAAGAUACAUAAGAAUUAUUUUAUGGAAUAUGUAGAUUAUGAGAGUUUUAAAAAAUUUAAUAAAAAUAAUUUUGAUACAUUUGAAGAGAAAAUAUAUUUAUUGGAAAAUUUAUUUUAUUUAUUAAAAUCAUAUCCAUUAGAUUAUGAUGAAAAUAGAGGAUGUUUUUAUAUGUUAUAUCCACAAAAAAAUAAAAUGUUUAAAAAUUCAGAAUAUGAUAUAAUAAAAAAUAAACUUCAUCAUUUAAAAAUAAGUAAGGAUAUAACUGAACAUUUUAAAAAUAAUUUUUUCUUUUUAGAUAAGAUAUUUAUACCUAAGGAUGCCUUUUUUUUUGUUAAAGAUUCUGAAGAUAUUGGUUUGAGGGAUAAAGAUAAUAAUAUUAUUUAUAUACAUCAAGCAUUGGUAAGUGAUUUGAAGGAAGAUGUAAAUGAUAAGAGUAUAUUUGAUAACUUAUAUUCUUGUAGUCCUCCAUAUAAGUCUGAUUAUUUUAGAUACAUACAAAAGAAGAAGAUACAAAAUAAAAUUAGGAAAUUUAAAGAAUAUAUAUUAUAUUAUUAUGAAUUCCAUUCUGUACAAGAUUUCUUUGAUUUAUUAAUAUUAUUUGAUGAAGAAUAUAAAAAUUUAAAAAUGUUAAAUAGUUGUACGGAUAUUCCUUAUAAUUUAACAAAAAGGUUGUAUUCUGACUAUUCUCAUAAAGUAAUGAACAUAAUCACCAAAAAUGAGGAACCGUUCAAAAAUAUUAUUGAUAAUUUCAAUAACAUACAUAUAAAGAAUAAUAUGAAUAAAUAUAAUGUUUUUAAUAAUCAUGAGGAAAAUUGUAUGUAUGUAUCUAACAAGUUGUGUAACAAAGAAAAAGAUAAUAUAAAAAGAAUACAUAAGGAUGCAAAUUUUAAUAUUACAAAAAGGUAUAUUUCUUUAGAAAAUUUAGAAAACAAUUAUAACCAAAAAAGUAAUAUAAAUGAGAAAAAUGAUAAGGUAGAUAUUCAUAAGAAUUUGUUUUGUUCAAAAACAAGGGAUAGUAAUAUAUGGUCAAAUAAGUUUGUAUUUAAUAAAAAAGAAUGUAAUGUAAAUAAGUAUAUGUUAUAUGAAAAAUAUAAUCCAUUAAAAAAAUAUAAUAAUAAGAAAAAUAAUACUUGUACUACAGACAAUAGUUAUGGUAUAGAUAGUAAGUAUGGUAUAGAUAAUAAUUAUGGUAUAGAUAGUAAGUAUGGUAUAGAUAAUAAUUAUGGUAUAGAUAAUAAGUAUGGUAUAGAUAAUAAGUAUGGUAUAGAUAAUAAUUAUGGUAUAAAUAAUAAUUAUGGUAUAAAUAAUAAUUAUGGUAUAAAUAAUAAUUAUGGUAUAAAUAGUAGUCAUUGUGUGGAUUCCCAUUUUUGUGCUGAAGAUUCAAAAUACGAAAUCGAUGAAAUGUCAAAUAUAUAUUUAUCAUUUUUUUAUUCAAAUGAUAAUAAAAGUAAAAUGAAAGAAAUAACUUUAGAUACAUUUAAAAUGUUUGUAGAAAAUUUGGGUAAAAUUAAAGGUCUUGGGAAAUUUACAUGUAUUGAUGAAUGCUUUUUAGGUAUGACAUUUUGUGAUCCAGAUAUACCUAAACAUUUAUGUAAUCAGAAAAAGGUAUUACCAAAAAAUAUGAAUUAUAAUGGUUUCAUGUAUUGUAUGCGAUAUAUACCAUAUGUUAUACCAGAUUUCCCUUUAUCAACUAGCCAUUUUGAGAUAUCUUAUAAUAAUGUAGAGAUAUUUAAUUCAAGAAAUUCCUUUUUACAUAUAUUAAAAUAUAGAGGAAAUAGAAAUGAUAUAAUUUUAUUAAGAAAUAAAAUUGUUUUGGAUAUUAUAGAGAUAUUUGUAUAUAUACCAUGGAAUUUUGGUGUAGACACAGGAAUGUAUACUUCAUUGGUUCCUAUGCUUGCAGAGGGCAAACGGACAGUUGACAUGUGUAAGUCUUCUUAUUAUAAAAAUUAUAAAUAUUAUUUAAAAAGAAAUAAGAAAUAUAAUAAUAUCAAAAGUUUUAACAUGUCAUCCGAUAAUUUUUCGGAUACAAAUUCUACAUCUACAUCGAAAAAUGAAUCGAAUAAUUUUGUGAGUACAAUGUGUAGUAAGGAAUAUAACAAAAGAUAUAUAACUGGGUAUGUGGAAGAAGAAAAAAUAAGUAAGAUAAAAGAAAGGGAUAUAUUACAUUUAAAUGAUAAUAUAAAUAAUAUGGAUGAUAAUAGUUUGAAUAGUUCUUAUAAUAAUAAUAAUAUAUCUUUUGAAGAAAGAUUUUUAAAAAUGAAAAAAAAAUUAUCUUAUAAAUGGAUACCUAAAUGGCAUAUGUGUAAUGAUAUAUUUUUAUCAAGAUUAAUAUCUUAUGAUGAAAUACAGAUAAGUUUACAAAAAAUAUUUCCUUUAUAUUUAAUACAAACAGCUUUAAUUUAUAUGGUUCAUAUAUCAUGUUGUUUCUUAACUAAUGAAGAAUGGAAAUAUUUCUUUGAAUCUCCUUUUACUCUUUAUAAAAAAUUAACACCAGAAGAAAUAGCUAUACGAUAUAUAAAAUUAAAGGGAUCUAAAUUUAAUAAAGUAAAUAAUAUUCAAAUAAAUAAAAAUAUUGAUAUUCAUCAAAUAUUUAUGAGCAUACCAGAAAAUAUGAAAUGUCCUGAAAUUUAUAAACUAGCUAUAAAUGGAGAAAAUACAAGUAGUGGCUAUUUAGCUGAACCAUUCGAUAUUUAUCAUUUAAUGUUUGUUUGUAAAGUUUUCUGGUAUAUAUUUUUAUAUGCAGAUAACUUUGUUAUACUUCGAUCAACCUUAUUUAAAAACAAACCAACAAAAAAAUAA